GCGGCGCUCGGGGGGGGGGGGGCUGGGGAAAGGAGAACUGCGGCGUCAUCGUUUUGGAGCGUCUUAAUCGACGUGCGGGGUUUAUUUAUCGCUUUUUUUUAAAAAGAGGCGGCCUUUUACUUUUGAGCUUGUGGGUUGUCCGCUGUCUGAGCGCCCCCCCCCCCCCCUCCCUCAGCGCGGGCGCCAUGGUGUCGGUGUCGGUGUCGGUGUCGGUGGCCGUGAGCGAGCUCAGCCAGAACCCCGAGCACAUCUUCCUGGACGCUUCCGAGCUGCUGCUGAAAUACGCCGAUAACAUCCUGAGGAACCCGAAUGAAGACAAGUACAAAUCAAUUAAGAUUGGGAAUCAAACCUUUUCAAACAGACUGCUUCCUGUUAAGGGAGCUGUUGAGUGUCUCUUUGAAAUGGGAUUUCAAGAGGAGGAAACCCAUCUUGUCUUUCCUAAAAAUGGUUCAGUGGAAAAGCUGCAAAAAGUAAGAGACUUAAUUGCUGCUGAAAGAAAUCGUAGGACAACUGUCGAUAAAUCUAUAUCGCAACCACUUUCUGCAGCUGCCCAAGCCCAGCCAAGAGAUCCUGGAGCCUCCUUCCGUGCUAUGCCAUUUUUUAAUGAAAUUCCUUCUCAGCUACUGAGGCCAGUGACUGUGCCAUCAUCAAGGAGUUUCUUGGCAACGUUACAAACACAUUUUCAGGACGUCUUAAUGUAUGAGGAUACUACAUUGCAAAGAAAAGCUCUGGCUUGUAUUCCUUCUCAGGAACUAAGGAAAAGAGCUAAUGAAAAGCUGUUGCAUGCCAUUAAAUUGGAUUCAGGGGCCACAGUAAAGCUGGAAGAUUUUCUGUUAUUAGAGCUUCUGCAGUGGUUUAAACAGGACUUUUUCCAAUGGGUAGAUGCUUUGCCCUGUAACAAUUGUGGAGGAGCAACACAGACAUCAGGUUCACUUUCACCAUCCAGUGAAGAUCUAAGAUGGGGUGCUCAAAGAGUUGAAAAUCAUCUUUGCAAUAAAUGUCACACCUCCAAUCGAUUUCCAAGAUAUAAUCAUGCUGAGAAGUUAUUGGAAACCAGGAGGGGACGUUGUGGAGAGUGGGCCAACUGUUUCACACUUUGUUGCAGAGCCAUGGGAUUUGAAGCUAGAUAUGUUUGGUGUACAACAGAUCAUGUAUGGACUGAGGUAUACUCAAACUCCCAGAAGAGGUGGUUGCAUUGUGAUCCCUGUGAAAAUGUCUGUGAUAAACCACUCCUGUAUGAAGUUGGAUGGGGAAAAAAGCUGUCUUAUGUUUUUGCAUUUUCAAAGGAUGAGGUGGUUGAUGUUACCUGGAGAUAUUCCUGCAAGCAUAAAGAGCUUCUGACUCGCAGAACCAAACUCUAUGAGGGAUUACUGCGAGAAACUAUUAAUAAGUUAAAUUCUGAGAGAAAACACUUCCUUCCACAAGACAGGAAACAGGAGCUUUUGGAAAGGCAGAUUGUUGAACUUGUAGAAUUCAUUUCACCAAAGACCCCAAAACCAGGAGAACUUGGUGGGAGGACAUCAGGCUCUGUACUUUGGAGAGUAGCCAGAGGAGAAACUGGAGCCCUUGUUCAGAAUACUGGAUUCACUUUUGUUGCUACUGAGAAAGAAAAAUCAGCAAAGUCUUUUCAUCUUAAGUACAAUGUCGUAGAAAAUUAUUAUAUUCGAAUUUCCAACAAUAAUGAAAUCAUUAAUGACUGGGAAAAAGGUGUAUGGAAAAUGGAUUCUGUGAUUCGGAAAGUGGAACAAGACUGGAAAAUGGUGUACUUAGCUCGCACAGAAGGGUCAUCAUGUGCCAGAGUCAGUUGGAAGAUUGAAUGUGGUUCAAUGGGUCUAAGGAUUGACAAUGUCUCAAUUCGAUCCAGAAGCCAGACAUUUCAAACUGGAAAUGUUCAAUGGCAUCUAAGUUCAAAUUUGGUCAGCGUAGACUUAAAUGGAGAUGAAAAUACAUAUUCAUUUCCUGAUUUUGAUGGAUCGACUGAAUUAAUUUUGGAGGCAGAGCUAAGUGGUGGAGAAGGCGAUGUUGCAUGGCAGCACACCCAACUCUUCAGGCAAAGUUUGACUGAUCGUCAGGAAUAUCCCAUGGAAAUCAUUAUAACUUUUAAGGAUAUUUCGACUGUGUGAAUUAUCAUUAGCAUAGUUUUCAAAUUACUCAAACCAUGUAUUUUUUAUAUUAUUCAAUAGAAGUAUUUGCACUAAAACAAUAUUUUUAUGACCGUACUCUUGGAUGUUGUUGAGAUUUUCUGAUUCUUUAUUAGAACUUGUGAUGGGAUAACCUGUAGAAAAAUACUUGUACUAUGUGGUGAAUAAAAA